AUGAUACAAACAUUAAUAUUAAUCGGAUCUGGAAUUUGCUAUUUAUCGAUUGAUUGUUCAAAGAAGAAGGAGCAGAAGCCGAAAAAGAAUGUAGAAACUGCGCGAACUAUUUCGUCACCUUCGCCUUCACCUUUGCCGUCCCCUUCGCCUUCACAAGAAACAACAACACCAUCACCAUCAAACGCUAUAAAACAAGCAUUGAGCGAGUUUGGUACGCCGGAAUCUGGGAUAUCUGAAGUGAAAAUCUCAAGAACACCAGAGGAAGAAGUGGGUUUCAUUUAUAUUCGCGAUUGGUUAGAGGGUCUUGUCCGUAAUGUAAGUUUACUAGCAUGUGCGCUCUAUCGCACACCUAUUUUCUUUAGCAAAUAUUGUGUUUUCAGAGUUUCCAAUCUGAAUUGAGAGAAUUCGAUAAAAAAGAAGAAGAUGAAAAACAAACUUUCAAAGCAUUUGAUAAAAAUGCACGAUUAAAUCGAUUCAAAAAUCCGAAAAGUGUGAAUGAUGAAUUUCGAGUGAUUCUUAAAAAUCGAAAAAAUGAUUAUAUCAAUGCUACGUGGAUGCAUAACGAAUAUAUAUUGACGCAGGGCCCACUUUCAAAUACAAUUACCGAUUUUUGGGCGAUGAUUUGUCAGGAAAAUGUGGAAUAUAUUGUGAUGUUUUGCUCAUUUGUUGAGAAAAAUGUGGAGCAAUGUGCACAAUAUUAUCCAUUGGAAGAGGGAAAAAUUGAAAAAUAUGAGGAAUUUGAAGUGAGAUGUGUGAAGAAAGAGAAAGAUCCGGUGGAAGGUGUGACUUGGACAAUUUUAGAUGUCACUGAUUCUACUGGGACAUCUUCAAGGACAAUAAAUCAUAUUUAUGUUUCUUGGUGGCCUGAUAAAACUGCACCAGAAGAUGCGAAAUUAACCAUAGAAUUAUAUCGUUUUUUGAAAGAGAAGUCAAAAAAUCCGAUAGUUUGUCAUUGUGAUAGUGGAAUUGGUAGAUCGGCAUGUUUUGUGGCUUUUAAUAUUUUUUUGAAACUCGAUCAAAAAAGUAUUUAUGCAGAAGAUAGUUGGAAAUCACAUACUGCGGAACGAUUAGAUGCUUAUAUUCGAAAAAUGAGAAAUGGUGCGAUUGAUUCGCCGAUUUUACAACUGUUUUUAUUGGUUUGCUUGAUGGAAUAUUGUAUUCAGGAAAUGGCAAAAGAUUCAUAUUUUGAGGAUUUGAUAGGGCCAUUUAAAGUUUAUAUGGAAGAAUAUAAGAAAUAUAAUCAGGAAAUGAAGGGGAAGGCGAAGGGAAAAUCGAAAGAAUGA